AUGUCCGCCUCUGCCGACGUUUUGGCCAUGGCCAAGGUCGAGGUUGACCUCAGCACCAUCCCGGAGGGCAAGAACGUCAUCAUCAAGUGGCGUGGUAAGCCCGUCUUCAUCCGCCACCGCACCGCCGAAGAGAUUGCCGAGGCCAACAAGGUCGAGAUCUCCUCCCUCCGCGACCCCCAGUCCGACGACGACCGUGUCCAGAAGCCCGAGUGGCUUGUCAUGCUGGGUGUCUGCACCCAUCUGGGUUGUGUCCCCAUUGGCGAGGCCGGCGACUAUGGUGGCUGGUUCUGCCCCUGCCACGGCUCCCACUACGACAUCUCCGGCCGUAUAAGACGAGGCCCCGCGCCCCUCAACCUCGAGAUUCCCGCCUACGAAUUCCCCGAGGAGGACAAGCUCAUCAUCGGUUAA